AUGAAACACCACCUCACUGAAUUGCACAAUGCCUGUCGGAGCCUCAAUUUUGCCUGCUCAUCUAAUAACGUGGAAUUCCACCAGCUAAGAGUCAUAUAUCAGAAGCUUAUCAGCGACAAGAAGAAAAACUACCCUAAAAAGAUAACAAAUGACUUCGCAGCGGUCACUGAUACAACAAAAUUCUGGGCUGUAGUCCGCUCGGUCAAACGAGUAACCGUUUAUACCCCACCAUUGCCAAUCCAAGCCUGGAAUUACUUCUAUGCCAAUAUCUACCCCUCACGCAUAGUGCCCGAGCUUUCUCUGUUCCCUGACAACGAAUCUAUCGAGAUUGAGCAGCCAUUCACUUUUGACGAGGUAAAAAACUGCCUCAGGAAACUCAAAAAUGGAAAAGCUCCCGGCUGUAAUGGAAUAUCCAAUGAAUUCUUGAAAAAUCUGCCCACUAACUGGAUCUUGUACAUCCAAGCUAUGUUUAACCGCAUACUUGACGUUGGGGAAACACCGGACUGCUGGUCUAAAGUCGUGCUUACAAUGUUGCACAAGAAAGGAGACGCAAGUGAUCCCAACAACUUCAGAAGAAUCGCUUUAGUGAAUUGUCUGGCAAAAGUCUUCACUCAACUCAUCAACCAAAGACUCACAACGUGGGCUACAAAUAAUAAGCUUAUACCAGAAGAGCAAGCUGGGUUCUUGAAAGGCCGUGGAUGCCAGAACAACGUUUUUAUUUUAAAUGCCGCUCUUCAAAUCUACCUCAGACAAGCAGGUGCUACGUGCUUUGGGUUGUUUGUUGACUGUCGCAGAGCUUUUGAUUCCAUCCCUCAUCACUUACUCUGGCCCAAGCUCCUCAGUAUCGGACUCAGUAAAAGGGUUAUAAAUAUCGGUUCCAUGAUUUUUGAUCCCCCGACAAAAUAUCUCCCGACAAAAUAUCCCCGGACAAAAUAUGCAUUUACGCAGCAUCUACGAGUUAGAUCCAAUGGGGAUUUUUCCAAUCCCGUGGAAGUAACAACUAGGGUACUUCAAGGCGAAACUUUGAGCCCACUGCUAUUCAUAUUAUUAAUCUCCGACAUAGUCUCCUAUUUCAGGAACAAAGGUCUAACUGAGCUACAACUCAAUAAUCUCCGUGAACUCCUAAUGCUUCUUUAUGCUGACGAUCUGGUCAUCUUGGUCAGAAGACAAAUAGACGUGAGUAAAGCCUUAAGUACCCUUGAAGAAUAUUGCUCCAGGAACGGGCUUGAAGUGAACACUGGGAAAACCAAGGUCGUCCCUUUUUGCAAGAGUGGUUUUCGCAAGAAUUUUCCUAAAACCUUCCAAUACAAGGAUUCACCGGUCGAAGUAGUUGACUCCUAUGUCUACCUAGGUAUAAUGUUCAUGACAACUAUGUCCGGACGUCAAGCUGCUUUAGAAGCUGCAAAAAAAAAGCCAGUGCUGCCUCCAGUGCUUCCUUGGGAAUACUGA